GCGGCCGCCAUGUUAAUGUUAACGAUGACAGGAAGGAGAAGCUGGUGACUGCCGAGCCGGCUGCGGGUGCACAGAAGGGCAGUGGCGAUAUUUACGUUUUCGAACGAGGGCUCCGCCGCAGAUAGAUCAUUUCCAGACUCACGGCCUCCCCCUGGGCUCGGUACUGGGGCGACGCAGUUGGUUUGCCUGGGGAAUGAAGCUGUAAAGUGGUCGCACUGACUGGGGGUCGCUGCUGUGAAGACUCGCCGUGUUAAUCCCUCCUCUAGAGUUAUUUAUAGACAGGAACAAGGAGUUAUUUGUUUUAUUAUCAGCCUUCUAGUUGAGCCCGGAUCAGACAGGAUCUCCCCUUGUAUCCGCGGGCUCCUCCUGGUUAACCUUCUCCUGGCUCUGGAGUGAAACUUUACAUUAGUGUUUAGCUCGUUACACGAGAGAGCGAGCGAGAUCUCCGCGUUUCACCCCCGGGGGGCAGUUACUGAAUUCCUUCAUUUACCACCUUAGUGCUCUGCCUGCUAAACGGUGCGCAGAUCCGAUCAUCAAAAACAAAGGUGGAUUUAAAGCCCAUGUCAGAGCCCUGGUGCCCUCUCUCCACUGAUCACCGUGCGGGGCAUCUCCACUGGAUUUAAAGGGAUCCUCGUAAAAAUACCUUCACUCUAUCCGGGACCGAGUGGGGCUUUAACGCGGUGCAAGACCUUCUCGUAACUGGCUGUGCCCUCCCGUAUUGUCAAGAUGUCAAGCCCUGUGCCGGUGGAUAUGAUUAAUUUACGUCUAAUACUGGUAAGCGGGAAGACAAAAGAGUUCCUGUUUUCCCCAAAUGAUUCGGCAGCAGACAUUGCUAAGCAUGUCUACGAUAACUGGCCAAUGGAUUGGGAAGAGGAGCAGGUCAGCAGCCCUAAUAUUCUUCGACUCAUUUAUCAAGGACGGUUUCUCCACGGCAAUGUGACUUUAGGAGCAUUAAAACUUCCUCUUGGCAAGACAACAGUGAUGCAUUUGGUUGCCAGAGAGACAUUGCCAGAGCCCAACUCUCAAGGUCAAAGAAACCGCGAGAAAACAGGAGAAAGCAAUUGCUGUGUAAUCCUUUAAAUCUGGCUUCGUCUGCAAAGUGUGAUGUAAUAUAGUCUUUGUCUUUCAUGCUGCUGGAAUAGAGGAGACCCAUUGCUUCAAAGAACCUUAGAACAACCUGUCAUUGCAUCCAUGGAACUUAUAUAUUACAUGAACACUCAUAAAACGCUCUUCUUUGAAGAGAACAAGAACAUUCUCAUUCUGAUUUUAUUUUUUAUUUUAAGUUUUCUUUUUCUUGCAAAGUAAUUUUGUAGUAUAUUGUAUCCAACUUUUUCCUUUUUUUUCCUUUUUUUUUUCUUUCUUUCUAUGCAUUCAGUCUCCGUGGGAUAAAGUCAAUGUGUUCACUUAUACAGCAAGAAUAAUUAAUUCUGCAUCAAAACUGUCUGUAUGCAGAUACGCACUACCGUAUCAUAACGAUAGCUGUAGCCAUACACAGUCCUACAGUAGAAGACACUUUCAACACUGGAAAUCAAAGCUAUCAAAUUCCGGCUGAAAUGAAAGUAUUAGGAACAUGACUUCUACCCAGUCCAGUUAUAUUGGCCAUAGCGGCACGAGGUAGUAGCAGGAGAAAGACAACGGUUUCUAUUCAAGGAAAACAAAAUAAAUAAAAAAUAAAAAAAAAACUUAAUGUGCCUGUAAUCUGAAAGCACUCUUCAGAGGGCUCUGGAGCAAAUGUUCUGUACUAUUUGGUGCGCUCUUAUCUGACGCAUAUGUUGCAUGCAUGCCCAUACCAAGCAAACGAUAAGAGAGUGCCUUUCCUAGCCUUAAUAUGGGAGGGUUAAUUUUCCUGUAGUCCAUAAGCCUUUUAUUAUCGUACAGAGAUAUUAACAGAUUUACUAAUCGACUUUGUGUUUCUAUAUCAAGACGUAAUGUUUUUUCGGUGAUAGUCAUCCGUAAUUCACGCUUAAUGCCAUUUAAGUAGUAAAUGAACUUUAAGACAACUAGAAUCCUUCCCAUAGUACAAGUUUUUGUUUCCUUCUGUAUCCUGCAUAUGUACUAGUGCUUGCAAUGAUAUUAAACUUUGGGCAGAAAUGAAGAUGCCAUUUUUUUUUUCUUCCAUUUCAUAAAAAUAAUUUAAGACAUAAUAAAACAAAUAAAUAAAUAAAAAGGCGAUUUGCACAGCACUAAAGCGCAUGAAGCUACAUUCAUUUUAAACUGUAAAAAAUUUUAUAUUUUUCCACUAGGGAGGAGUCUUCCUGGUUGAAAUUACAAAUACGUGUAGAAUAUAUUUAAUAAAAAAAAAUUAUAAAAUGCAUUAUUAUAGAAUCUAACUGUAGAUUGGCGUAGUAUAAUAGAAAAAAGAAAAAUAUACCUAUAAAUUGCUUUUUGCCUUGGAAGACAGGUUGACCUGGUAUUCUGCAUACUUAAAGUGUUCAAAUCCCUUACAGACGUUAAGUGUAAUAAUUUUUUCCGAUGGUCAGCAUCAUUUAAUGUAAUCGGGUUAUUUUCUCCGUUAUGAUAGCUUUGACAGAAUGCUUUAAUAUGCAUUAGGUCUUCAAUAUACUGUUCAUACUGAUCUGACUUAAAUUUGUAUAGAGCCGUUUUAAAUAGAAAACAUUUGUAAAUAGCACUAAACAUUUUCUUCCUGCAACCUGUACUGAUAUAGAUUAUUCUGUAACUAAAUAAUAAAAAAAAUAUUGUAGUGCAUUACUGUUGAUUGUCUGGUGGUUAUGACUGGGACUGUGAUUGUUUAGAAAAUGUUUUGCUAAAACUGGAAGAUCAUUUCGAAAAACUAAAAUCAAUGCGCAUUUAUUUGGUUUCUGCAAAUUAAUCCUGCUGGUUACUUUUGUAAUCCCAUUGAUAGUGAAUUGUUAUGAGAUUUUCCUGUAUAGCUACAAUAAAGUCAAUUGUCACAA